UCAUCAUCGGAAGCAGAAGCAGGGAACGAGCGAUCCCCUCCCGGACACGACGCCCCUAUCGCUCGCUGCUUCCGGUGCCGCGUGUCAGCGUGCGCAAAGCUCACCCUCAUCGCCGCCGCCACCGCCGCCGCCGCUCAACCCAUCCCGCCGGCCCCGCCCUGUUCCAUGGCCGCCAAGUGGGCCCAGAAGACCGUCGUCAUCCCUGCCCAGCGCCGCGGCUGCCACCUCAUCACCCCCAAGGUUUUGAGGGAGAUUGAGGGCGAUCUCUCCGGGUUCAAGUGCGGCUUGGCGCAUCUGUUCCUGCAGCACACAAGUGCUUCCCUGACCAUCAAUGAGAACUAUGACUCUGAUGUGCAGGCUGACACCGAAACAUUCCUUAACAAAAUUGUCCCAGAGGGCCGAUCUGCUCCUUGGAAGCAUACUAUGGAAGGACCGGAUGACAUGCCAGCACAUAUUAAAUCAUCAAUGUUUGGCUGUGCUCUGACAAUUCCUAUAACUGAUGGACAUCUCAACCUGGGCACUUGGCAGGGCAUAUGGCUGUGCGAACAUCGUGAUCAUGCCAGCGCCCGUAAAAUCGUGGUCACCCUCAACGGGAUCUAAACGGAGUAUUAGAAACCUGGAGGAAGGAGGAAUGCUGGGCAGCUUUAAGCACCAGCAUGGAAAAUCAGGACCUGAGAGCUUUGAACAUGUCGUGUACGGAUCGUCGGUCUGUAUGUAUGAAUGAGUAGUGCAAAAUUUCAAUAAAUUGGGAGCCAACAUGAGUGUUCAAAAUGUGGGACGCACCCGGUUGUUUGAAUAGAACAUAAGAGUUUUUUGUCCAUGUAGUUGAAGAAAUCUGUCUUUUUUUAUAUGAAUGAAGAAAGAAACAUGCCUUGCAAA